AUGGAAGAACAACACAAAGCAGACGGGGUGCGGAAGGAAGGGUGUCAUCGGAAACCUAACCGCCAACAAGCACAAGAGAGGCGUCGCGAACAGCUACGCAUCGCACAGCAAGCGUAUCGCAGGCGAAAGGAGAACACCAUUGGCAACCUGCAGGAUCGUGUCCACGAGCUUGAGGGUGGCAUUGAGCAGCUCAGCCAGUCCUUUCUCACCUUCAGUAACCUCCUUUUGGAAACUGGUCUGCUUGGAAAGCAUUCGCACGCCAUGUCAGCCCUCCGUAAUAUAACCCAGCAACACCUUUCGCUUGCGGAGACUGGAUGUGCAAGUCCUCAUGAAGGGGCUCUCGUCAAGGCUCUUAGUGCCACUUCAUCCACUGCUUUUGAUAAGGACGAAAGAUGCGGCGAUAGUCGCGCAAGAGUGGUGUCAAAUGAAAGGGCUCUUGCCGGAAACUCACCAACCCCGAUGGAAUGGGCUGAGCCGCCGCCCUUAUACACACAGUCAUCCUUUAAUCAAGGCCAACCAAUGCCCCCAAUCAGUGCUGCCAUAGCUCCGCUCGCUAAUAAGUCACUUACUCCGAAACUAUCAUUACCUGGUCACUCCCCAGCCAUUGUUCUUGCUAGCUCGAUCCAGGAAGAGAAGUGGAAUUUCGCACAGUAUCUAGUAAAAGCGUGCUGUCACAAUGGGUACCAACUCCUUGUCAACACUCCGACCGACUUCGUGAAGAUUCAAGAAGUUUUCGGGCCGUUCAUGCCUCCAACCGAGCGUAAUUAUCUCAUUUCCUGUUUCAACGCUGGAAUGCAUGACAAAACUGGAGGCCUUAUUGAUCUCAUGGCCACUGUACUUGCCCCGUUGGGUUCCAAGGGAGAUUACUAUGCCCCAAAAGAGCUUGCGACCCAGAUUGAGGGGAUGAAAUCGACUGUCACACCCGAGGCCGGCGAGUGGCUGGAUGCCAGUGAUGUACAGAAAUAUCUCAGCGAGAGGGAAUUUUACACCCAGGAGAAUCGCCGCCCAUUAUAUAACUCAGGCCUUAUUUCGUCGCUUCACCUUGCGGCCAUUGUUCAGUACCUCGCGACUGAGUGCAUUUGCUUCGGACAUGGUCCGGUGUUUCGACGCCAAACUGUUGAGGCUGCAUUGUGCCUCGCAGAAAAACUAUGA